AGCAAGCGCGAGGCAGCUUAGCGCGCUUAUGUAGACUAGUGACACUUCGCUGGUUAGCCAGUUAGCUUAGCUCAGCUCACCCACAAAAUAACCCAGUAAUUUCGUUAACCUAUCAAGGACACUGUAAUAUUACUUCUUGCUUAUGAAUUCCUCAGUGUUUUGUGCUGUAAACGGUUUUUAUCACCGACCGCUUAAACAUGAUGUUGUAUCUUUAGAGACCGCGAGUUUGUCAAACAGAGCUUGUUUACUUUUUGACGUCGUUAAAAUGGUUGUUUUGAUGGUAUUAUCUUAUCUUUCCGCAUUGUUGUUGCAUUAAACUUGUUUGUAAUAUGCGAGACACUGGAACUGAACUGAGAUACAAGUGUCUCUUGUCUUCUGAGAUACAAGUGACUUCAAACUGAAGUUUCAUAUUCACAGUUUUUGAUUAUGCACCUGUUUGUCUUCAGUCGGAUAUUUUUGAUGAAUCGGAUGACGAAUCUGAAUGAACUAUUUGUUUGCGAAUUAACGUUAGUCUGAAUCAGACAGCGGUUCUAGAACGAGUGGAUUUGUACAUCUCCAAAUCGCAGUGUCCGGGUCAGCAGCUGAACUGUCUCUUUGUCCAAAUCGUAAUGAACGAAAAGAGUUGGCCUACAGCAGAAAAUGCAAAUAUAACUGAAAAUUCUUAUGCCAGGACUGUAUGAACAGGUUUACAGUACAAUGAACGUGGACUUAUGCAAUUACAAUAAAAACCGUCCAAUUCUUAUUAAGUGAAAACAAAGCUACAGCAGAAAAGAAAGAAAGAAAAAAACAGUACUGUAAAUGCUUAUCACUUGAAUGGGGGUAUUCCAGAAAGCAGGUUAUGUGACAUACCCGGGUAUGUUUAAGGGUAAGCGGAUAACCUCAACUUUCAGGGCCAAAACAGAGGUAACUUUCAGGAUUUGUAAAAGUAGUCAACUAGCCAUAGCUACUUAGUAACUUAACAUAACCUGCUCCAGCAAAUCCUUUUCCAGGGUUAGUUUCAUUUUUGCAUGCCUUAUUGAUGAGGCACCGUGGGUGUGAGAGAAUGUGCACAAUAUUAUAUAGUAAGUUAUAUCAAUGUACAGCACUAUUAAAACAAGGUGAUGUUGUUUAUUUUAUUCUAAUAUAUUUAUAUAUGAUAGGGUUGGGAAGUAACAGAAUACAUGUAACAACAUGGAUCCAAAACCUGGUAACUAAUUAGUUACAGUUACGUCAAAAAACAAAGUAAUCAGAUUAUAGUUACAUUUUGUAAAAAAAUUGGGAAAACUAUCAGGAUUUCGGUUUCACUUAAAACUAAAUAAAUUUGUAUUUUGACAUAAUAAUACUAUAUUGACUGACCGCAGUGAUGUGCGGAUCCAAAAGAAAUCUUAAUAGGCUACAUUACUUUCAUUUUGUGGUGCUUGGAUUACGUUACUGAAUACUUUUUUAUGAUGUAAUUUGUAACUGUAAUGGAAUACAUUUUUAAAGUAAAUAAUUGGCAUCAAACAAUAUUUUUCUUAUUCACAGUUAGUAAAGAUUAGCCUAUUAAAAUGAAAAGAUUGAAAAAUGUUUGAUGGUAAGAUAACCUUGCUUUGGUUUAAAGUACAAUGAACUGGGGCACAUGCAAUUACAAUAAAACCCAUAAAUAAAACAUAAAAGCAUGAAAUGAAAAUUCACCCUUUCUAUUUUCUAAAUGCAUGCAUAUUCAUCAUCAUUAUAAUUAUUUAGGUGACAAAUUAUUAUUCUGUGACAUAUUCUCUGGCCAACAAACAAACACGGUGUGAUUAUAAUUCAGGCUGCAUCACAAGUCAGAAUUCAGACCGGAAUCUGUAGCAUUCAAAUAUUCAUCUAGUUCUUUUUGCUUGAAGAUCAGAUUCAUCACGCCGGUAUGGAGCCGAAGCUGGCCAAAGGGUCUGUGCGGUGGACCUGUCUGGUUCUUGUGGUCUUUGCCGAGUUUUGCUGAUGGUUGUCAUGGCGACGAGGCCUUUACUGGGGAUUCUCUAUUAGACACGGUCUGUGCUGACAUUCAGGGCUGCGUUUUGGUCAUGUCUAGGUGCAGGUCAACCAUCUGAUCUGGAUAUGGACCGGGUCCGGCUGACUACGGUGCUCGAGAAGUACCCCAACACACCGAUGAGUCAUAAAGAGAUCCUGCAAGUAAUUCAGAGAGAAAGGCUUAAGGAGAUAAGAAGUGGGACUUCCCCUCUUGCCUGUCUCAAUGCCAUGCUCCAUACAAACUCACGUGGAGAUGAAGGGAUCUUCUACAAGGUCCCCGGUCGAAUGGGAGUCUAUACACUGAAGAAGGACAUUGGAGAUGUGAUGAAAGAACUGUCAGAAGAGGAUUCAGAGGACAGCAGUGAUAACAUGUCUGAUACCCGAUGCUCAGAAAAUACCAGCACCACUACCUACGGCAAAGAUGGACGCAGAGGAAGGUGGAAGAGGAGAGUGCCAACAAAACUGCAGUCUCAGCCGUCCUCCCCACAGUCUCGCUGUUCGUCUCCGUCAGUCUCCAGCAGCAAACUCAUGUCCCCAUCACAGAAACACAGCAAGAAGGCCCUCAAACAGGCACUGAAACAGCAGCAGCAGAGAAAUCAACGCCGGCAAUGUGGAAUCCCCAGCGCCUCAAGCCCACGGCUGCUCCUCAAGACUGUCAAAGACGUGGCUCGUGACUCCUCCAAAUCCUCCUGGGAGCUGAAACAGACAGAGUGCCGCCCUGCCAGUCCACAGAACUCUACCUCCAGCUCGUCCUCCUCUGUCAAAGCAGAUGUGUGCCAUGCGACUGGUGCCCGAAAGGUGUCUCAGCGCUCCAGUCGGCUCAGUGCCAGACAACUGAGGCGCACCAAGUGUGAGAUAGAUGUUGAGACACCAGAUUCCAUCCUUGUCAACACCAACUUGCGAGCACUAAUCAACAAGCACACAUUCUCACUGUUGCCUACAGAGUGUCAACAGAAGCUUCUUAAGAUGCUCCCAGAUGUUGACCAGCAGGCUAGUAUAGAUGGAGCAUUGAAGGUGACCAGCUCUGCCUUGAACAAUGAAUUCUUCACAUCAGCAGCACAAUCAUGGAAAGAGAGGUUGUCAGAGGGUGAGUUUACCCCAGAGCUGAGACUGAGAAUGCGGCAAGAAAUUGAGAAGGAAAAGAAGGUGGAACUUUGGAAAGAGCAUUUCUUUGAGAGCUACUAUGGUGAACAUUCUGGACUGAGUAUAGAGGAAUCCAAAGAGCUGACAGAAUCCAUGGACAUUCCUGAACCAGCUAAAAGCUCAGUCCUAUCAGUAAAGCCAGAGAUUGUCAAAGAGUCUCAGAAGAUAAACCCUGUGACAGAGGUCAUCCACAUGGAGUUAAGAUCCAGAGAUGUGAAAUCAACAGUAACGCAUACCUCCCCUGAAGAGCCAGUCAAACCUCCUGCUUCAGAGCAAUCACGUUUAUCUUUAGACGUAAGGAAGGAUGCACAGGAAGAAUUGAUUUCAGAGUCCUCUGUUCAAAAAGCAGUGGAUUCCAAACCUUGCAGUGAGAAAACGCUGGAGAUUGAGAUCACAUGUAAGCCCCCAGCAUCUCCUCUGGAAGCGGUAGUCACCUGUUUGAAAGGAAAGGAGACACAAACCACUAAAGAGGAAAGUUCUGUGGGUAAUGCUGAACAGAUAACGGAGAACGAUAAGGCUGGAUCACCAAUAACUCCCGUCACAUCUGAGCCUCUGAAGAGAAAAUUCUCUACUGAACUGGAUACAGAGCUAAGGACAGAGAAGAAGCCCCGUGUCUCUUUAUCAGAAACAUCAUCCACUGUGACAGAUAAAGAAAAAGUAGAACAGAGAGUACCUCCUCUCAAAAUCCCAGUGUCAAGAAUUCUCUCUGCCCCUGCCUCUAUUGAGCAGGUAUCUCCAAGGACUCCUGUUCCCUUGACACCCCCUAGCAUUCGGCCUGGUCGCACCGGUGCGCGCACUCUAGCUGAUAUCAAGGCAAAAGCCCAGUUAGCGCGCGCACAGCGUGCUGCUGCAGCAGCAGCCGGGUCAUCUUCCUCGAGAGGAACCGGCUCAGUUGGAGGUACCUCAACACCCUCUCCAGCUCGGUCCCUGUCUGAAGAUUUUUCACCAGCAAGCAGCAGAAGUCAAUCUGUGUCGCCUAUAAAGCUAAGCUCUGAAUCUCCGGCCCCUGAAGGCACAGUGACUCUCUCACAAACCUCUCCUUCCUCAGGUUUUACUGGACACACAGACCCCGGUUUUGUACCAGACUUCACUGCACAGGGUUUUUUAAAAGAAAAUCGCUCUUUGAUGGGGUCGCAAACCACUCAGUGCGCAUUGAAGGAUCAACACAACCUCCUCAGUCCUGGAGGGACACCAGCACCUUCAAGUCAGGCAGGACACAACACAAUUGCACAAAACCAGAGACCACAGCAGACACCUUUUUCAGGAGCAUUAGUGACCAAACCUAGCUCUUCAAUCCCAGCAAACAAUCCUCUCGUCACCCAGCUUCUUCAAGGUAAAGAGGUUCCUUUAGAAAAGAUCCUCCCAAAGCCACUAGCCCAGGUGGAGGUUCACUCUAUGGCCAUAUCUGCCAAAGAUAAAGGGAACCUUGGUACCACCACUGCUGGGUUUAAAAGAGAUAGCCCAACAAACCAAGAUGAUGUCAGUAAAUUAGGGAACCAAAUUCCUUUUUGUUCAUCUGUGAUGCAAGUCCAAAGUAUGGACAAGUUGGUCAAAGUUGGCACUCAGGACCAGAUGCUCCAUCCACUAAUGCUCAAAUGUGAGCAGAAGCACACCAAUUCAGACUGUCAACCCUCUAAAUUUCAAUCCUGUCAGUUAGGUCACAUUGAGAGCAGCCUAGACCAGAGUGUCCAUCUAGGAAUCUUUGGACGGAAGAGGCUAUCCAAGCCAGCCAUGACGGGACACUACCUCCUCAACGUCUCCACAUACGGUAGAGUAUCCGAGAGCAGCAAACGGCCACACCUAGCUGGUAAUACAACCCUUGCUAACCUGAAGAAAGAGAAAAUUGAAGCAGAGGAGAGUGUGAAAGGGAAGACCGAAUCACUUGCAGGUUCUCAAGGGCACCUGAAUUUCUCAAGGGUCAAAGUGGAACAGCAGGGUUGUUUCAUUAAUAAUAAACCAGAUGAUGUUUUGGGAUCCCAACCCUGUUCUGAUAUAAAGUCUGAAUCUCCAUCAGUGAGCUGUUUAUCCAGCAAAGAAGGAGACAGCACUUCUACUAGAACCAAAGAAAUAUGCUCAAAAGCACAGCUUGAUAUACAGGAUAAAACCGAGCGAUAUCAGUUAAGUGACUGUCACCAACGCACGUUUUUGUCUCAGAAAGCCCAUAAUGGACCUCAGUAUGGUGGCACUAUCAGCAUGUCUGUCCCUAAUGCACUGAACCACAGCAUGGCUGACGCUCCAACCUCUCCCACUGUGUCUUGCAGUGGUGAUGGUGAAACGGCUAGUGGAGGUAUGAUGUCUUUUUCAGUCACGGUCACUGCCAUACCUGCAGGUCACCUACUGGAUCAGAGCAGUCAGGGUGAGACCUCACCUGAGCAAGCCUACAUGGAAACCUCUGGGAUGGAGGACGUCCAAUCAAAGUGCUACUGUCGGCUGAAGGCCAUGAUUAUGUGCAAGGGAUGUGGUGCGUUCUGUCAUGAUGAUUGCAUUGGUCCAUCCAAACUAUGUGUCUCAUGUUUGGUGGUGCGAUAAUGGUCAUUAAGAUAAACUGCAACACGUUCAUUAGUUUAAAAAACAAAACAAUCACUGCGGUGAGGGUAGCAGAAAUGUUACAACAGUACAGCAGUGACGUAGCAGAAAUGUUACAACAGUACAGCAGUGACGCUCUCGCUGUGGGAACCGAUUCAUCUGUCCAUUGUCAUUUGAGACAGGCUGUUGUGCUGUUAUUCUUUUGGGGGGAAUUCACUAAGAAUGGAUUGCACCUGCUAGUAGUGCUGCUUAUUUGCACGUAUAUUCUGCUUUAUUUUAGUGGCCGAUUCGAGAAAGGAAUUAUGCAUAUCAAGUAAUGUUGCUUGUAAACAUGGCCAGCUACAAGUGGUGUUUGUGUAAGUCAGAGGUCUUCUCGGGUCCCCCGAAUCACUUCUUUCCCGAACCCGACUUGCAUGAAUUAAUUUGUUGACCCGAGUCAGACCAGAACAAAUUAGACCCCGAGUCCAACCCUACAGCCUUUAUUGAAUGUAAACGGCAUUGACAGUCUGCAUCCCCG